AUGCGAACAGUGGCUUAUACCGUGCACCAGACGCUAACACCAGAGGCUGCUUCAGUCUUGAAGCAAUCUCUAACCUUAGCAAGAAGAAGAGGCCAUUCUCAAGUCACUCCUCUUCACGUGGCUUCAACCCUUUUAACUUCCACAAGAUCCAAUCUCUUUCGAAGGGCAUGCCUCAAAUCCCAUCCUUUCACAUCCCUUGGUCGUCACAUAGCUCACCCUUCUCUCCACUGUCGAGCUCUCGAGCUCUGCUUCAACGUUGCACUCAACAGACUUCCCACGAACCCAAACCCUCUGUUUCAGACUCAGCCGUCUCUCUCCAACGCCUUAGUCGCAGCUCUGAAGAGAGCACAGGCUCACCAGAGGAGAGGGUGUGUGGAGCAGCAGCAGCAGCAGAGCCAGCAAAACCAACCGUUCUUGGCUGUUAAAGUCGAGCUCGAGCAGCUCGUUGUGUCGAUUCUUGAUGAUCCUAGCGUGAGCAGAGUGAUGAGAGAAGCUGGACUCUCUAGCGUCUCCGUGAAGAGUAACAUAGAAGAUGAUUCCUCUGUUGUCUCCCCUGUUUUCUAUGGCUCCUCUUCCUCUGUUGGUGUAUUCUCUUCUCCUUGCUCUCCUACCUCUAGUGAUAACAACCAAGGAGGAGGGACUUUAAGCCCUAACCCUAGUAAGUUCUGGCACUCUCAUCAUCACUCCUUUGAGCAGAACCCGUUUUUUCAUUUCCCUAAAGGAAAGAUCUCUACUCAAGAACAAGCUAGAGAAGAUGCAGCAAGCCCGGUCAUUGAAGUGCUUCUAGGGAAGAACAACAAGAAGAAGAGGAACACAGUUAUAGUUGGAGACUCUGUGUCUCUAACAGAAGGAGUGGUUUCAAAACUCAUGAGUAGAGUUGAGAGAGGAGAGGUUCCUGAUGAUUUAAAGCAAACCCAUUUCAUCAAGUUUCAGUUUUCUCAAGUUGGGUUGAAUUAUAUGAAGAAGGAGGAUAUAGAGGGGCAAGUUAGGGAGUUGAAGAGGAAGAUUGAUUCUUUCACAUCUUGGAGUGGUAAAGGUGUGAUUGUUUGUCUUGGAGAUUUGAAUUGGGCAGUGUGGAGUGGUCCUAAGAGUGCAUCUUCAUUGCAUUACAGUGCAGUGGAUCAUCUAGUGGAGGAGAUAGGGAGGUUGUUUUAUGAUUAUAGCAACUCAGGAGCUAAAGUUUGGCUAUUGGGGACAGCUUCUUACCAAACAUACAUGAGAUGUCAAAUGAAGCAACCUCCACUUGAUGUUCAAUGGGCUCUUCAAGCUGUUUCAGUUCCUUCAGGAGGACUUUCACUAGCCCUCCAUGCUUCCAGUGGUAACAGUUCUGAGAUGGCUCAGAUGAAGUCUUUUAGAGUUAAAGAAGAAGAAGAAGAAGAGGAAGAAAAGCUUAAUUUCUGUGGAGAAUGUGCUUUUAACUAUGAGAAAGAUGCAAAAGCUUUUAUGUUAGCUCAACACAAAAUCUUACCUCCAUGGCUGCAACCUCAUGGGGAUUCCAACAACAUUAACAAAAAGUUUCAGGAUGAAUUGAGUGGGCUAAGGAAGAAAUGGAACCGGUUCUGUCAAGGUCUUCACCACAAGAAACAGAGCAGCUCUGUUUUACAAGAUUCCACAGCCACCGUUUCUCUUGUGGACUCGUUUGCUCUGAAGCAAAACUCAUGUGUAUCUAGUUCUGUGGCUAAGUUCAGACGACAAAACUCAUGUACUAUUGAGUUUAGUUUCGGAAGUAAUCAUCAAGAAGGUCUAAAGAAGAAUGAACCGAGUCUUGAUGGAUUCAAGAUUAACAAUGAUGAAAGUGUGGAAACCAAGAUUACUCUUGCACUUGGUCAUUCUCCACUUCCAUCUGAUGUAGAAAGCUCAGAUGAAGAAGAAGAAGAGUCAAAGAAAGAGAUUACAAUGAGACAAUUAUCAGAGAAGCUUCACGAGAACAUUCCAUGGCAAAGGCAAGUUCUUCCUUCAGUGGUUGAAGCCAUGGAAGAAUCUGUAAAGAGGAGAGAUGUUUGGAUGCUUCUUUCGGGGAACGACGUGACUGCGAAAAGAAGAUUGGCUCUUACGAUCACAACUUCUCUUUUCGGAUCAGUUGAUAACAUGCUGAAGAUUAAUCUGACAACAUCUAAAGCAAGUGAAGCGUGUGAGGAGUUCGAGAAGGCGUUGAAGGACGGAGAAAAGGUUAUUGUUCUGAUAGAGAGUGUUGGUUUAGCCGAUGCCCGGUUUGAGAAACUCCUCGUUGAUCGAUUCGAGGCUGGAGAUUUGGAUGGUUCUCAAGGAAAGAAGAGACAAAUGAUCUUUGUUUUGACGAGAGAAGAUGAUGAAUGUGUAGAGAACGAACAUGUUGUUAUAUCAAUGAUGUUGAAGUGUAAGAAAACGAGUUCUAGUUUGGUUAGUCACAAGAGGAAGCUAGAAUCUGAUGAUGCACCAACGAUGAUUAAGAAUCCGAGAAUCCAAGAGGAGGAGGAGGAUGUGGCUUGCGACACAAGUAACAUCAAGAAUGAGUUCUCAAGGCAGUUGAGUUUGGGAUCAAAUGCUCUAGACCUCAACUUAAGAGUUGAUGCCGAAGAAGAAGAAGCUAAACCGGUCACUCAAAUCUCGAGCGGGUUUGAAAAACGUCUUCUAGGUUUGAUCAAGAACCGUUUGUUCGAAGAGUGGGUGAAGGAGGUUUUACAAGCGCGUUUAGUAACGGUCAAAAACGGCGGGAAAGAGGGCAUAAGUGUAAUUAACCUAUGUUUGGGAGGUAUAGAUGUGACUGACCAAGGGAAGGAGGUAUACGUGGAGGAAGGUUUCAUGGGCACUUGUCUACCCAGUAGAAUCCAAGUUUUCUUUGAUGUUAUGACUGAAGAAAACUUGAACUUGACCGCAUUGUUCUUUGUGUAA